CCUAAAUAGCUAUUUGUAAUUGUUUUCCACCUAAGAAUAAAAGUUAUUGUGUCAAAAUGUAAAAGAAUUUCCUCUAAAAUAUUGCAGUUAGACGAAUCGCCCUCAGUGAGGGGAAGGGGUGUUUUGUGUAACUUGGUCACAUGUCACCAUAAACAAACUGCAGUUUGACACCUUCGCCUCAAGCGCAGACACGCUCCGGUCAGAAACUGUCCCCGCACCAGUUAGAGACGGGCAGCUAUGGCGACUGUGGUGGACACGCAGGCUCAGCCACAAGUAGCUCUAUGUCUUCUUCCCCCAUAAAAUCCCGUCUCCACAUGAGAAAGAAGCUCUUCAGGCUCUCACUGUCGGUUCUGGAGGCUUGUAUGAACAAUUGUGGAAAGCGGUUCCGCAGCGAGGCAGCUAAGUUUCGCUUUCUGAAUGAACUUAUCAAAGUCUUAACGCCAAAGUCCUUUGGCGCGUGGAGUCCACAGAAAGUUAAAGACAGAGUCACGGAGGUCUUCUACGGCUGGACGCUCUGGCUUAAAGAGGAACCUAAGAUUCAGGAAGCCUACAACAUGCUGAAGAAACAAGGCAUCGUGAAGAAGGAUCCCACACUUCCAGACACAGUUGUUAUGGCUCCUCCACCUCAAAGAACCACAGAGUUUGUUUUUUGAUCAAGACGACAAGGCCAAGAUGUUGGUUAGACUACUGAGGAGUGGCCAUCCUGAAGACCUGGAAACCGCCAACAGGCUCAUUAAAAGCACCAUCCAGGAGGCGAGGAGCACUGCAGCACUGCUGGUCCUCAUAUUUGAUUUAAUGGUGGUAUGGAUGAAUCUUUGGAUGAAUCUUCGGUUGUGUCUUAGGAGCAGGAAAAGGCUGAGAAAGUGUCAAAGCGAGAGUCAACCCUGAUGGAGGUUGAGAGCAGCACCAACCAGCUGAGAGAGCUUCUGUAUCAGCACAUCGAUAAUGAAACCUCGUUACAAACCAGUGAUGACAUGAAGGCAUGUUGCGUUUCAAACUGAUGUUUGUUAAUAAUAUCCGACUGUUAACAACAAAAAUUACUUACCAGAGUCUUACUCCACCCACACUUCUUUUUUGAUAUUUCAUCACUGUUUUGGGUCUGUUACAGAUCUUGGCUGAACAUUUGUUAUUUUAUUGUAAAUUUCAGAUAUGCCAUGUAUUUAAAAUGUUCAAAUAAGUGUAACCGUCAGUACUGUUAUGACAUAUUUCCAUUAACACUAACAAGCUUCCGGUUUCACUCUGUAACCAGUUGCCACCCUCAGUUAGGCUGUCCCCAUAUCUGCCGGUCUUUAAGAGUUGCCUAAAACCCCACCUCCUCCGCUCGACGUUCCCCUGAACGUGUUUGAGGUCGGCCUUCUUUUUUGUUGAUUUUAUUUCCCUGUUUUCAUUGGUGUUUUUAUCCCUUGUUUUAUCCAUUUGUUUCUACUUUUAAAUGUUUUACCUUUUUUGCACUAUUUGAAUUGCUUUUAUUAUCUAUUUAUUCAUUGUGUUUCACAUUUCUUAUGUACUGUGUUCAGCGCCUAGGGCUUCCUGACAGGGUUUCGGAAGGCGCUUUAUAAAUAAAGCUCUGAUUGAUUGAUUUGAUUUACCUUGACAUUCUGACCAUAAACAUUAAAUUGCUCACUCUUGCAGUUUUAAA